GUAUAAUACAACAUUCAUAUUAUUAUAUUUACUCUUUAUAUAUAAUAAUCUAAAACUCUUUCUUACAUAAUUUUGCAUCCCCCUACUUUUUCAUCCAAACAACAAUUUACCCCUCCACUUGUACCCUCCAGCAAUUUGCACUUCCCAGCAAUUUGUACCUCAACUUGCACCCUCCUGCAAUUUGCACCCCCUUGUUGCCAAACAGAGUGUAAGUGUAAUCUAUCCAUAUAUUCUAACUCAACCUGGAGGGACGGAUCCCUAGAGACACGAUACAAGACACCUGCACUAAUCAACUUUACUAACUCCGGCGGGCUUCUAGUUGGCUUCGCUCCAUAUAAACGGCAACAUCGCUCUCUCCAGAUGUAGCUGGCGAGGGUACAUGGCUAAAGGUUUUUGGUAACCAGGAAUAGGGAUAUUUAGUAUUUACAAUACUCGCCUAUAAUGGCUCGCUGAAGGUCAUGCAACAUUUAUUAUAAAAUCGUCGCAGAAAAUCAUUUCUUUCUGUGACCGUUCCAUUCAAAUCCUAAAGAAUUGCCCUUUGGCGACCAUCCAUCCACAAAAGCUAUUAGUUUGGGCCGACAACAGAAAUGUACUAUCGUGGCCAAGAACUUCUAUUUUUCAAAAUCAUUCAGAACGCUCAUUGAAGGUGGGAAAUUUUGAGAUCCAAGGUUGAGUGUAUAACUCUUAAUUAUGAAUAUAUGUAUAGGAAUCACAAUUUUGUCCACAUCUUUGAAUUUUUUUCUUUGUUGGGAAUGUUACUAAAUACUCCACGCGCGGACUAAAUAAGGGUGCGCUCAAUCGGUAACGUGCUCCGGACGAACGCCACUACGAAGUAUUUAAAGGCAUGAAACUCCCCAUUGAAGGGGGACCUUUCUCUCUCUCCUCACUUUCCACUUUCUACUAUCUCUCUACACUUUAUCUCUCUAUCUAUUCUCUCAACUCUCUCCACAAACAUACACUAACUUGAGCGUCGGAGCUUAAUCCGGGGGGCAACCCUGACUCUUUCACAGGUUUCUUCCCUCCCGACGAGAUCAGACGAACGGAUGACGAGUCAACCCACACAACAAAUAUCAUUGUUCAUGCCUCGAGCUAGUAGGUUCAAACAAUUGGCGCCCACCGUGGGGCAACUCAUCAAUUUCGUUCAUCUGAUUUCCGAGGGAUAGAGGACGCAAAAACAAAGGAGGCUGCUGCAUUGGUAAGAACAUUUUCUCCAAGAAACAGAAAAGUUGCCCUCCUUCUAGCGCCAUGCUCCAUCCAAAUUUCGGUCGCCAGAAUUUUGACGAUUAAAAGCAGAAGUCGGCUGUCCCGUCGAGAAUAGUCACAUCAUCCUCAUACAGCUUUUCCAAAAAAAAAAAAAAAUACAAGGGUUACCACUACUUUUUCCUUCACCCAAUCCCGCUUCCACCCUCAGCCCGCGCGGCCCAACCAAGUCGCGGCCCGAGCCGCGCACUGCACCAGCCCGUGUCACCAAGCGAGACCCACCAGCUCGCGCGACCCAACCAAGUCGCGGCCCGCGCCGCGCACUCCACCAGCCCGCGUCACCAAGCACGACCCACCAGCCCGCGCGGCCCAACCAAGUCGCGGCCCGCGCAGCAUCCAUCAGAUCAAAGCACUUUUCAAAAAAUCUCAUCGGCGCGAGGACUCGAACCCGCACCACUCCUCCAACAGGCAUGCAUCAUUACCAGCAGGCUACAAGCGAGCCUUGUGCUUCAAUGGUGCAACGCCUGCAUUUAAACUGCUUCGCGCGGCCCACCAGCUCGCGCGGCCCAACCAAGUCGUGGCCCGCGCCGCGCACUCCACCAGCCCGCGUCACCAGGCGCGACCCACUAGCACGCGCGGCCCAACCAAGUAGCGGCCCGCGCCGCGCACUGCACCAGCCCGUGUCACCAAGCGCGACCCACCAGCCCGCGCGGCCCAACCAAGUCGCAGCGCGCGCAGCAUCCAUCAGAUCAGAGCACUUUUCAAAAAAUCUCGUCGGCGCGAUGACUCGAACCCACGCCACUCCUCCGACAAGCAAGCAUCAUUACCAACAGGCUACAAGCGAGCCUUGUGCUUCAAUGGUGCAACGCCUGCAUUUAAACUACUUCGCCGCGCCACCCUACAGCCCAUGCUUGCGGCCCACAUCACCGCCUGUCCACCUCGCGCGUCAUGCGGCCCAACUCGCGCCCCGCAUCCAAGACGCGCCACAUCAAAAAUAUUAUUGUCGCCGCGAGGACUUGAACCAGCGCCAUUACUCCAUCUCACAAGAGCUACUGCCAGUAGGCUACAUACAAGCCUUCUGCUUCAAUGGCGCAACGUCUGCCUUUUAACAACUCUUCGCGCCGCUUCGCACAAGUCAACCUCCGCCUGACCUCCAGUCCUCCACUCCGCGUCAGUCCCAACUCGCGGCCCGUCCGACUCACCCGCUUCACAUUAAGCCCGCAACAAACGCACGGCCCAACUCUCGCCCCGCAUUCAACAGGCGCCCCAUCAAAAAUAAUAUCAUCACCGCGAGGGUUCGAACCCGCGUCACUCCUCCGCGUGACAAGCAACAAUACCAGUAGGCUACAUACACGCCUUGAGUUUCAAUGGCGCAGCAUCUGCCUUUUAACAACUCUUCGCGCCGCUUCGCCAAUAGAAAGCUAAGUACUCUAUCCCUUUAUCACUAUCAAAUAUUGAAAUAUUUUACUCUCAUGAGCGUUAAUGGCGCUAAGGGAGAGGGCACAUUGCCUCGAAGACUCCAAACUGAGGGUUAAAAACCCCGACGAGGAGGGCUCCAAACUGAGGGUUAAAAACCCCGACGAGGAGCCACAAAUAAGUCUCAACGAAGCACACAAAUAAGACUUCAAUAAGAGCAUCGAAGACUCCAAACUGAGGGUUAAAAACCCCGACGAGGAGGGCUCCAAACCGAGGGUUAAAAACCCCGACGAGGAGCCACAAAUAAGUCUCAACGAAGCACACAAAUAAGACUUCAAUAAGAGCAUCGAAGACUCCAAACUGAGGGUUAAAAACCCCGACGAGGAGGGCUCCAAACUGAGGGUUAAAAACCCCGACGAGGAGCCACAAAUAAGUCUCAACGAAGCACACAAAUAAGACUUUAAUAAGAGCAUCGAAGACUCCAAACUGAGGGUUAAAAACCCCGACGAGGAGGGCUCCAAGCUGAGGGUUAAAAACCCCGACGAGGAGCCACAAAUAAGUCUCAACGAAGCACACAAAUAAGACUUCAAUAAGAGCAUCGAAGACUCCAAACUGAGGGUUAAAAACCCCGACGAGGAGCCACAAAUAAGUCUCAACAAAGCACACAAAUAAGACUUCAAUAAGAGCAUCGAAGACUCCAAACUGAGGGUUAAAAACCCCGACGAGGAGGGCUCCAAACUGAGGGUUAAAAACCCUGACGAGGAGCCACAAAUAAGUCUCAACGAAGCACACAAAUAAGACUUCAAUAAGAGCAUCGAAGACUCCAAACUGAGGGUUAGAAACCCCGACGAGGAGAACCCCAAACUGAGUGCUAAAAAAAAAAAACCCGACGAGGAGAGCUCCAUGAAGAAUCUACAAGGGGCGAAGGCUACACGCCUUAAUGAAAUACACCAACUGGGGGGCAAGACGCAAGAAGCUAGCACCGCGUCAGUCAAACGCGCCACCAGCUGGGGGGCAACUGGGGUACAUAGGGCUCCACCCAAAAUUACCGACAAAGAUUUUUUAAAAAUAAUAAGCUAGCGAUGAGUUAAGAUUCACCACCAGCUUGGGGGGCAAUUGUUGGGAGUGUUACUAAAUACUCCACGCGCGGACUAAAUAAGGGUGCGCUCAAUCGGUAACGUGCUCCGGACGAACGCCACUACGAAGUAUUUAAAGGCAUGAAACUCCCCAUUGAAGGGGGACCUUUCUCUCUCUCCUCACUUUCCACUUUCUACUAUCUCUCUACACUUUAUCUCUCUAUCUAUUCUCUCAACUCUCUCCACAAACAUACACUAACUUGAGCGUCGGAGCUUAAUCCGGGGGGCAACCCCGACUCUUUCACAGGUUUCUUCCCUCCCGACGAGAUCAUACGAACGGAUGACGAGUCAACCCACACAACAAAUAUCAUUGUUCAUGCCUCGAGCUAGUAGGUUCAAACAUUCUUAUUCAACUCGAUUGGGUUCGUGUACAAAAUCCAACUACAACAUAAAUGGCUAAAAUUUUAUUGGUUUAAUACUAAUACUCAUUUAAUUUAAUUAAUUUGGUUGGGUUGAGUUUAAAUCCAUGGAUUUGGAUUUAUACUUAUGUUAAAAUUACAAUUUGGUAUCUAAAUUUAAUAAUUUUUCAAAUAAACACCUAAAGUUAAC